AGGCUUGUGUUGGUGGGCCCUUGGGUUGAGUUGAAGUCUUACGAGUUCGCGUCCUGGGACUGCUGCGCUUUAGGGCUGACAACGCUGGGCUAUGGGGAAAUACGGUGGCCUUUUUAUGCAUGCUGAAGACGAGCGGGCGCGUGAGCGAUCGGUGUUCUGGAUGUCGCUGUUGCUGUCUGACUUGUCUUUCGUGUUGUUGGACUUGGACUUGGACUUGGACUUGGACUCCGGGUAAAGUAAGUGCAUUUUCGACGACACCGAUUUCGCCCUUUGCAUAGCUGCCCUCUCCUCUACGUCAAAGACGUCCGUCUUGACAAGUCCAGGCCCAGAGGCCUGCCGCCGUCCACGAUGGACCUUAUGGAUCCCAGCCUGAGAUACAACCUCCGUGGACGGAUAAUACUCAUCGUCUUGACGACAUUUUUGUUCCUCGAUUUCGUCGCCGUGGGUCUCAGAGUGUAUGCGAAGCGGUUGAUGCGGAAGUCCAUGCAGCUGAAUGAUUGGGCGCUGAUCAUAAGCCUGUUGCUCGUGACGGCGCUGUACUGCAUCGAAAUCGCGGUCGUUCUGCGCGGGGGCCUGGGGCUGCACGUGGAAUGGAUAUUACUGAACAAAGGGAUGCCGACGCUCAUGCUGGCUGGAAAGCUGGUGUUUGCGGCGGAUAUUGUGUGGAAUUUGAGUUUGAUGGCGAUCAAGAUCUCUAUCCUUCACCUCUACCUGACCUUGUUCGGGACCGUCAUGACGAAAUUCCGGCACGCAGUGUAUGCCACCAUCGCGCUCGUUGUUGUAUCUGGAACCGCGUUUAUCAUACAAAUGUUUGCGCUGUGUCGGCCUCUGGCAUUCUUUUGGGAUAAGAUGAUUGUCGGCGGGAAAUGCAGCGAUGAAAGAUUGGCGUACCUGAUUCCAAACAUCAUCAAUAUCGUCAUCGAUUUCCUCAUCUUCGGGCUCCCAAUGCCUCUGUUCUGGGGCCUGAAGGUCUCUACCAGGAAGAAGAUAGGAGCUUGCGUCGUGUUCAGUAUAGGUCUUAGCAUCUGUAUCCUCGCCGCGGUCCGCGUCAAAUACAUUCUCGAGCUCGAUUUCAACGACUUCACCUAUUCGCUCUACCUCUUCUCGAUUCUGGGAAUCAUGGAACCCAUGCUCGCCAUCAUCAGCGCGUGCCUACCCAUACUGCCUCCGGUGUUCGCAAAGUGCAAAGCGAGGAUUCUUGGCCGAUCACCAACAUCGACCCACAAGUCCAGUAUGCCGAGCUCAAGUGGGCACUCGAAGUCGCUCAACAGUGCUCAGAAGAGCCCGAACGCUAUACAUAUACGCUCGGACGCGUUCGAUGAUCUGGAACAUCCGCUUAUUGAGCUUCAAGUGACUGGGAAGAGUAACGAUACCUUACCUGUAUGACGGAGUUAGGGAGAAUACGGCAUAGUAACGGUAAUGAGAUGGACAGUGGGGAAUCCGAGUUGCGGUACAGAUCGCGGAUCCUCUUCGAUGUAUAUAUUGUAGUCAGCAACGAGCGUACGAACCA